AUGAUUACUGAAAUGGUUAUUACUCAAAUUGAAAAUGUCACAACUAUUAUUAACACUACAAUGGUUCCUAUCAAUUUAAUUUUAACCAAUGAUACAUCCAUUUCAACAUCUCAACAAAGUACUAUUCAUCAUGAUGAAAAUUUAUUUGAAGUAAAUAAUCAGUCUCAUAGAAAUUCUAAUCAAAUCAUCACAUUCAAAUCACCAUUUGAAUUAAAUACAAUUCAGACUAAUUCAUUUGUUAAAGGUAUUCGUAAUACUAUUGAUAAACCAUUAGCUGGUUUAAUUAUCAUUGGUAUAUUAUUUUUAACAAUUAGUAUUCUAUUAGGAUUAAUUGUAUUAAUAUUUUAUAAAAAACGUAAUACUGUAUUUGUUUAUGAAAAAAGUCAACAUGGUGGAUUAUAUUCACCGGGUGAUCAAUCAAUUGUUAUCGGUCAAACAAUGGAAGCUAGAAAAAUUGGCAAUCAAUUAGUUAUGAUGCAUAAACAUGAUUCAUUGUACAGUUUCAAUGAUGAUGAUGAUGAUAGUUACAAUGACAGUGAUGUUGAUGUUGAUAAUGAUGAUGAUAAUGAUUAUGGGGAGAUUAGUUUCACUAAUACAAAUCACAGUUACCAUGGUAACAAUGAUGUAUAUAAUACAAUAUUUAAAAAACCUAUAAAAGCCUCAUAUAUAUUAAGAUCAGAAUAUGAUUUAAUUAGAAAUCCUCAAUCUAUUACAGUAUUAUCAGAUCAGAAGAAAUUCAUAAAUCAUGAACAAUUAUAUGUGGAUAAAAUGAAUGAGGUAAUACAAUGUCGUCCAUUAUCUCUGUAA